AUGCGAUGCGAUAAGUCUACAUUUGAAUCUACGAUCGAGUAUACGAUCGAGUCUACGAUCGAGUCUACGAUUGAGUCUACGAUCGAGUCUACGAUUGAGUCUACGAUCGAGUCUACUAUAAAGUCCACAUUCGAAUAUACAAUCGAGUCUACGGUCGAGUCCAUCAUGGAAUCUACGAUCGAGUCCACAUCGGAAUAUACAAUCGAGUCUACUAUUGAGUCUACGAUCGAGUCUACGAUCGAGUCUACGAUCGAGUCUACGAUCGAGUCUACGAUCGAGUCUACGAUCGAGUCUACGAUCGAGUCUACGGUCGAGUCUACGAUCGAGACUACUAUAAAGUCCACAUUCGAAUAUACAAUCGAGUCUACGGUCGAGUCCAUCAUCGAGUCUACGAUCGAGUCCACAUCGGAAUAUACAAUCGAGUCUACAAUUGAGUCUACGAUCGAGUCUACGAUCGAGUCUACGAUCAAAUCUACGAUCGAGUCUACGAUCGAGUCUACAAUCGAGUCUACGAUCGAGUCUACAAUCGAGUCUACGAUCGAGUCUACUAUCGAGUCUACGCUCAAGUCUACGCUCGAGCCUACGCUCAAGUCUACGAUCGAAUCCACAUUAGAGUAUACAUACAAUCGAGUCUACUAUCAAGUCUGCCAUCAAGUCUUGUAA